CCUCCGAGUGGGACCACACGCCGCGGUCAGGCCGCGGGGUUUCAGAGCGGGAGCGGUGCUGCGGCUGCUACUUGCCGGGGACCCCAAACCCUAUCCCCGACCCCCCGCAGCCGCGCCGGCCGCUGAGGCGUUUCCUCACCCGGAACCGCCUCCCGCCGCCCGGCCCGGCCCGGCCCCGCCGCCUCCCUCGGACGCCUAUAUAGGGGCAGCAGAGGGGAGGCGGCGGGGCCGCCGGAGCGGGCGGUGUGCUGUGGUUUGAGUCUUGGAUUUGCUUUGGAAGUAACGGAGUUGUUGUUGCCGUGCUAUAUAUACAAGCAGUUUUUGAUCUGGUGUUGUUAUUACAAAUAAGAAAAAAAAUAGGAAAGAAGGUGGGGAGUUGAGACAGAGGUGGAAAUAUUCCUGCCAGCUAGGCUUAGACACCUGAUGGAGACUAUGCUUCUAUAAUCAAUAGAAAGGAGACAAGUAUCUCAACACCUGCCAGGAAACAGGAGACUUCACUCUGAAGUAACUGAUAAACAAGUGUGAAGCAUGAGGAUCAACCCUGCUAUUCAGGCUGCUAUUGACCUCACAGCAGGAGCUGCAGGUGGGACAGCAUGCGUGGUGACUGGCCAGCCCUUUGACACCGCCAAGGUGAAGAUGCAGACGUUCCCUGACAUGUACAAAGGAAUUGUUGACUGUUUUGUGAAAACCUAUAAGCAAGUGGGCUUUCGAGGCUUCUACAAGGGAACAACACCAGCGCUUGUAGCCAACAUCGCAGAGAACUCAGUUCUGUUCAUGUGCUAUGGAUUUUGCCAACAAAUUGUGAGAAAAAUUGUUGGAGUAGACAGAAAAACAAAGCUCAGUGAUCUGCAGAAUGCUGCUGCAGGCUCCUUCGCCUCUGCCUUUGCCACCCUUGUCCUCUGUCCCACAGAGCUGGUGAAGUGCCGGCUGCAGGCUAUGCACGAAAUGCAGUUGUCAGGAAAGAUAAUCCAGGGGCACAAUACAGUUUGGUCAGUAGUGAAGGGUGUUAUUCAGAAGGAUGGUCCCCUUGGAUUUUACCGUGGCCUGUCAAGCACUUUGCUGCGGGAAGUCCCAGGCUAUUUCUUCUUCUUUGGAGGAUAUGAACUGAGCCGGACAUUCUUUGCCUCUGGGAGAUCAAAAGACGAAUUAGGUCCUGUUCCUUUGCUACUAAGUGGAGGUUUUGGAGGCAGCUGUCUGUGGAUUGCUGUGUAUCCUGUGGACUGCGUCAAAUCUAGAAUUCAGGUUCUUUCAAUGGCUGGAAAACAGGCAGGCUUUAUGGGAACGUUUGUAACUGUUGUGAGAACUGAAGGUGUACUUGCCUUGUAUUCUGGACUAAAGCCAACUAUGAUCCGAGCAUUCCUUGCCAAUGGGGCACUGUUCGUUGCCUACGAGUACAGCCGGAAACUUAUGAUGAAACAAAUAGAUUCUUACUGAUACCUGCUUGCAGAUAAAGAACAAAAGGUUGUUUAAGGAUCACUUAAAUAAAGGAUGAAAAACCUGUAGAUCACAUCAUGGUCUGAGCAGGGCCAAAUCAGUGACCUAAUUUUAGGAACUCAACUCCAGUUUAGGAUUUGUAAUCUCUUAAAUUCAGGUGAUUUUACAGAGAUGUGUACAUGCUGCUUGAAUUGGACCAGCAGAACUAUAUCCAUCUUGCAGAUUCUGUACUAGGUACAUUGCAUGUCAUAAUAGUAUUUUCCCUGACCUGUAAUGGUGCUAAAGAGAGUUAUGUUGGCCUCUUGGGUUUAACAUAAAUCCCAGCCUACUGCUGCACAUUAAGGCAAAGCACUGUUGUUAAAAUCUGUGCUGUGGUGGUGAACUUUCCUAGUUGUUGCUGGCAAGUGUCUGACUCAGACUAACCAGUCCUGUCUUGUUUUGCUGUGUAUGACUGACUUACACAUCCCCCAGUUAGGCCUCUGCCCUUCUCCAGCUCCCUUCUGCUCUGUGGCUUGCCAAGGUCAUGGCAGUUGGCAUCUGACUGUGGUGCUCUGUCCCAGCAAACGGGCCUAUGAAAGUAGGAAGUGUUUGCCUCCUACCUUGUAUGACUUAGGUGAGGCAUGCCUACAUUUCAGAUAGAAAUGUAGAGGUGGGGGGUUUGAGUCUGUCCAGCAUUUGUAACAACUGGGGAGCAGUAUUUUAUUGUUUUCUAAACCCUUUAAAAGUGCUGGAGUAUGCUAAGCACCACUGAAUUAAAUGCCUAAUGUAAGGGAGACUGCUGGAAAUAGCUGCUGGCUCAGAGCACAGAAAUGUAACUCUGCAGGCUCCUCUUUGGGUCUCCUUGACAUGAAUGGGUCCGUUUGCCUGAAGGACGGGAAGCUGGAGAGGAGCAGAAAGCCAGGACUGAGUUCCACAAGACAACUGACACCAUGGUCCCUGUGGCAUAGCAUGCACUUGGGCUGGAGUCCUGGCGCUUGCUGUGCCUCUUCAGCUGAGUGGAAAAAGCUCAUGUGACUGGAUAGCUCAUGACGCCUUCAGGCCUAGAGGGCAUGCCUGCUUGGCCAUGUUACUUGCUUAAACAUGCAGUUAGUAUUAUCCAGAAUUAUGCAAACACCACCUAUUUCUAGAUGCCACUUUUAUUCUUGAAGUAGGAUGGUCUUUAUACAAGCACGCUCUGCCUUGCAAUGAGCAGCUGCUGCCUAGCAUGGGAGAAGGCAGAGCAGGUCUCAGAGCAACACAAUUCAUGAUUGGAGUUGUACAGGGGGAUGUUGUCUGCAUGCUGCAAGUGACAACCUGCCCUUGUGGAAGGCACAGGCAAGCUGCCCUCCAGGGUCAGAGCUCUCCUACCCACCAAGACCAUCAGAGCUACACAGUGAUUAGCAACUUGUCCCAGCAACCACAACUUGUGAGUUAUUGACAAGUCAUGGCCAGAACAGCUCAGUUUUGUAUGUCACAGCUUCCAUUUCAGAUAAAAGCAUCUCAAUACCUGCUGCCUCUUGCAGCGUAGCCGGUGUGCACUUAAACUGGCUCCUCCACUGCACCAUUACAGCCUCUUUGUGGAAAGGUGGUUGCUGCAGUUCCAGAAACUCUUCUUGCUCCCCUCCGCCUUUGCAUACAGCAGGAACUGUUCAUCUCCCUUUCAUGCACCCAAGAGAAAAAGCACCAAGUUACCUUGAUUGACCAGGACACUAGGGGCAGUAACUGCGCAUCAUCAGUACUCUAGCAUAAAUGCCUUUUAAACAUUUAAAUAAUUCAGGUACAAGAGUGAGACUUCAAGAGUUGUCAGACUCCCCCUUCUUGCCUCCUGCCUGCCCAAGAGAAACAGUAUACUUGUGUAUGUUUCUAAUAGUUAGGAAAAGGUAUGGGCUGAUUCCGCAUCAGUGGAAUACUUCAAUCUAUUACUUAGAUUUGUCUUUGCUUUCAUUUUUUAAAGCUGAUGGUCACAGUUUUUAAUACAAAAGUUGAAGCUUCAAGAGAAGCAUGAUAUUUAGAACUGAACCUACAGCAAGAAGCUGGUGGCUAAAACAGACCUGCAUUUUGAGAGUUUACUUGUUGACAUUUAUGUAAGCAGUAAUUUUUCAUUCACAGCUGCUUAAGCUGUACACACAUAUCAGUGGUUCAGCUCAGAACUUUAUAUGUUGGUAUAGGAAUUCACUGGAAUAAAGUUUGAUUUGAUUAA